AUGUCACAAUACGCAUGUCAUGACAGUUAUGUCGUGUUUUGGACUCCAUUUGCGUCACACCUCUCAUUCAAAAUCAUUGAACUCUUCUUGUUUUUCAUUCAAUUUGUGAUUGGUGUUCUUGUGGUAUUAAUUCCAUUGACUCAAAGAAAUUUGUUGAAAUGGAGAAAUUACUUUAAAUACGUCAAUGAUAGAAAACUCAUUGAAAACUCUCAAUUAGAACGUAUCAAAAAGAUGGAAAAUGCUUCGACUGCAUUUUCAAGCGUGACAAGCUCACCUAAUCUGGAUGCUCUCCCUUCUUCUCCAAAUAUGAGCAACACCAAUAGUCCAACAAUGAAUGGAACACCAACCUCAUCCGAACCAAUGACAACAACAUGCACUCCAAAUGCAGAAACUCCUUUCAAAGCGCAACCCAUUCCAAGCACCCCACCAAAACCUGAAACUAUUUUUGAAAUUGGACUCAGAGUGGCAUGUGAUUUAAAUUUAUUAUGUGCUGUGAAUAUGGUAUUGAGCAUGUUAUCAAAUGUACUCGUUUCAUUAACAUUUAUUACCAUCACCUAUUAUAAGGGAAAUGCAGUAUAUGCUGAAGAAUCGUUUAACUUGGAAAUGGUUUCUGUGGAAUUGAUGGUUUUAGCGAAUGUUCCUCUUGCUUUGACUUUUCUUUCAGUGUUGAUGAAAUUGGACAAGACCAAACGAAGAGUUUCACUCUAUGCCAUAGUGACUGUUUUUAUACUGUGUCUCUUGUUGAUGCUGUUGACUUUGGUUUUGUUUUUUGUUUCUUUUGCAUUACCAGGAGAUACUCAAAAAGUAACUCGUCUUAUUGCGUUACCGUUUGUAUUAGUGGCUCUUGUGGUGUGUUGGACAGUCAUUCUGAUCGAUACCAUUCGAACUUAUCGAGUGUUAAAGAAAAACAAUGUGAAUGUGUCCUUUUUCCAAUUUAAGUUUUCAAGAUACAUUUUCCUUCCAAUUAUCCUUUCAUUGUACUUGGCGUAUGACAUUCCUGCUGAAGCUGGUCUCAUUUCAGCAGCUUUUAGUUUUGAUAUAUUUUGGGCUUUUCUUUGGAAGCACCGAGUGGAAGUUUAUUUGAUUUGUAUUUUGAACUGGGGACUUGUUUAUGUUCUUUUUAACAAGAAUCGAUUCUUGUAUUGUUAUCAAAAACCAUUAUCGUUGUGCAUGUCUAAGGAAGCGAUUAAGAAGAUUAAUAAGACUCAAAAGAGAGAACAACACAUGUUGUAA